GAUUAUGGAGAACCGCUGGAAGUUCCUCUUACUCCUGGCCGUUUUGGCACCAGCGAUCGUGAUCUCGCAAGACUCCGCUGCAGCAAACCUAGCAGCCGAUCUGCAAGACGCUGUGGAGGCGCAACAGGCGGGAGAGGAAGUCACUGAGGCUGUAGAAGCGAAGAUCAUCAAGGAAGCUCCCAUUGGUGUCUUGCCGAGCGGAACUGGGGAUGUGGCUACAACAGGAGCUUGUGCUGGAGACGUGGAGAACUUCUGUGCAACCGUGAAGCUUGGUGAGGGGCGUCUAGCAGACUGCCUGACGAAACAACAGGAGGAGGAAACGAAGGGGAACGUUGAAGGCAAAACCUUGACUGAUGACUGCAAGGCGGAGCUCGCUGCGUUCAAAAUGGAGCUUGGCGAGAGCAUCAACAAGAACCUCCCCCUUGCCAAGGCGUGCAAGGAUGAUGCCACCAAAUUGUGCUCUGAUCAGGACCCCACAGACCCUGUGGCCAUCCUGGCCUGCCUCAGGGACCUGAAGGACUCACUGUCCAGCACCUGCUCGGCCGAGAUCUUCAAAACGCAGAUCGAGGCAGCGAAGGACUACCGGACGGAUGCUGACCUGCACGCAGCAUGCGAGCCGGACGCGAAGCAGCUGUGCGCAGAUGUGAACCCGGGCGAGGGGCGAAUUCAGGACUGCCUGCGCGACAAGGCCGUCUCCGUCUCCUGGGAGUGCCAGGAGGAGCUCUUCCGCCAGGAGGUGGAGAACGCGGACGAUCUGCGGCUGUCGCAGCGCCUGUUCAAAAAGUGCAUGGGCGACAAGAAGAAGUUCUGCGCCGACAUCAAGUUUGGCGGCGCGCGGGUGAAGGACUGCCUGGAGGGUCACCGGGAGGAGGCGGGCUUCAGCGCGGAGUGCAAGGACGAGCUGGAGGCCAUGAUGGAGAAGCGCGCCGCAGACUUCCGCCUCGACUCCACCCUGCGCGAGGUGUGCGCGGACGACAUAGAGGCGAUUUGUGGCUACGAGCGCGACAGCCUGGACUCCGUGGAGGGCUUUGACGCGCGCGUCAUCCAGUGCCUGCAGGACUACCGCGAUGAGCUGGCGACGCCGGAGUGCCGCAAGCAGGUGCAUGUGCUGACUCAGCGCGCGUCCCAGGACAUCCGCUUUGACGAGCCCCUGGCCGAUGCCUGCUACGAGGACCGCGCGCGCCUCUGCGACGGGGUCCAGCCGGGCAGCGCGCGGGUGAUCCGGUGCCUGCAGGACGCGCGUGAGGAGCUGGCCUACGAGUGCCGGGCGACGCUGUUUGACGCGGAGGUGCGCAUGGCGGAGGACAUCGACUUCAAGUACCCCAUGAAGCGCGCCUGCAGCGCCGAAAUCCAAGCCUUCUGCUCCGGGCUCUCCCACGGCCAGGCCCGCGUCAUCCGCUGCCUCCAGGCGCGUUCUUCCUUCCCUGACCACACGGAUGAGCAGGACUUCUCGUCGGAGUGCAAGGAGGAGGUUGCGCGCGAUCAAGUGCGCUCCAACCAGGAUUACAGGCUGAACUACCGGCUGAACACGGCGUGCGAGGCGGACAUAGACACGCUGUGCGCGGAGGAGUGCAGCCCCUUCUUGGGCAGCGCAUGCGGCGGCCGAGUGCUGCGAUGCCUCACCGAGAAGCAGGACGCCAUCAAGUCCAAGGAGUGUGCCGACGAGGUGUUCUACUUUGAGAAGAUGGAGGUAAACGACUUCCGCAACGAUGUGCUGCUGGCCGAGGCCUGCCGCUCCGAUGUCGACGCGUACUGCAAGCACGUCGAGCCAGGCGAGGGCCGCGUGCACCAGUGCCUACGGGAUAACUUUCAGAAGCUGGCGGACGGCUGCCGCAAGGAGGAGCUGAAGCUCAACAUCAUCCAGUCGCGCGACGUGCGCCUGCGCCCAAAGCUCAACAAGGCCUGCUCCGAUGAGAUCACCGUCUUCUGCCAGGGGAUCCAGCCUGGCAAGGGGCGCGUGUUCCAGUGCCUGCAGCAGAGCUUGGCGCAGCCAGAUUUCGGCCAGGCCUGCCGCGCACAGGUCGAGGAGCGAGGACAGCGCAUGCAGGAGGAUUACCGGCUUGACUAUGGAGUGGCUGAAGCGUGCGAGCCGGACGUGGUCACCUACUGCGCAGCAGAAAAGGGUCUUGCGCACGGCAACGCAGAAGUCCUCAAGUGCCUCGUCAAGGCGUACUCGAAGCUGGCGGAUGUGUGCCAGCGGGAGAUGUCUCGGGCUGUGCGCAUGGCUCUCUGGGAGUACAAGAAGGGCGCCGCCCUUACCGGGGUGUGCGACGCUGAUGUGGCGGAGAUCGGCUCCUGUCAGACGGCGGUGUCCAACCCGAAGAACCGCGGCAUUUGGUCCAUCGGCGCGGUUGGCCGCUGCCUCAGCCGCCAGCUGGCAGAGAGCAAGCCACUCACCCUCGACUGCCGCUCCCUCGUCAUUGUCGCUGCCCCCAAGGAUGCGCAGGCGAUGUUUGACAGCAGCAUGAGCGCGGCAGCCAUAGCACAGCGCGUGCAGGAGCUGCAGGCAGCUGCCGGCAUCAAGGCCCAGCUGGUGAAUCCUGCAGGCAGGGGAGCAGGCAUGGUCACGCUGACCGGCUGGGUGGCGCUUGCUGCCCUUGUCUCUUUGGUGGUCGUCGUUGUUGGGGCCAUUGUGUUUGCCUACAGGAAAUUCAGCGGCCUUGACAAGCCUUACACCAUUGUCACCAAGCAGGGGGAUGUGUAAUUGUCCUGCGCUGCAGAUGUGACAUGCCUUCAUUCUGGCUUUUGUGGCAGCAUUUUCCGGCUUAUUGCUGUCAGGGAAUCUAGCUUUUCAGUCAGCCUGGCACUCCCGCUGCUUAUAUAGUAGUAAUGUAUGCCUGAGACCUCCAGAUGGCAAUCCAGCACUUGAUGGGCCACAUUCAGCCAACUGUCUGGUUACUUGAGGCACAAAAAACAACAAAGGGUCUGGUCACUAUGAUGCUGUUAAACACUGGGGACAAUGGGAAAUCCAAUUGGGACAGGUCUAUGAAUUUGUGCAAGCACAGCUGUCUUGUCCUGCCAAGACUUGUCAAUUAGUGUGUCGUAAUCGUCGCACUUAAUCAUGUCUGUGAGCCCGUCAAGAUGCCAAGAGGUGGAUCGUUGAUCUUCAUUACAGUGGCAUUCUCAUUUGUGUACUGUACUACUCUGCGUUGGCUGAUGGCUGCUGAGGUCCACGCAUGUAAUACUUUCACAGCUCA